GAGAAUGGCAUCAUCUUGGAAAUGUUUUUAUUCAUUGAUUUGUUUACGUUGGGGUAAUUUUCGCCGCGUGGUUUUGUGUUUUAUGGUCCUAAAUUUGAAAAAUGACAAGAACCAGAGAAAUGCUGUUAGAUCCUGAAGAAGAAAAAUUGCUUUUACCAUCUUCAUCAGAAGAUGAGGAAGAAGAUAAUUCAGAUGCUUAUGAUAAGGAUGAACCUGAAAUCAAAGAUCCUUUUGAGAAUGAAGAUUCUGAUUCAGACAGUCCUCCCAUAGCUGUGACAAAUAAAGUCGCCGUUGAAAAUGAAAGAAAAUUCAGGCAAUAUACUUCACAAGUGAUAAAAACCCAUAUUGAUGAAAGGAAACGAAAAAGAAAAGAAAUGCAUGAACAGUAUCUAAAGGAAAAAGAAGAAAAAAGGCAAAAGAUUGAUGACAAGAAAUUACCUGAUGAUAUUUUGGAAAAUUUAAAGGAUAAGGCUGAUGAAGAUUAUAAAGAAUCCUCUGAUAACGAGAAAGGUUUAGAAGAGACUUCAGGUGAUGAAUCAAACAAUGCAGCCAUGAAUUCUGAAGACGUAAUAGCUGUUCAUGGGCCCACAGUGUUUAAAUGUAAAGUUCUACCUGAAGAAUCAAAGAAACCUAAACACAUACGUGAGGAAGUGGUUAAUUUUAAAAAUAAUCUUUUAUUUGGUGGCCGUAUCCGUCGAGAGAAAAGUUCUCGUGAUGCCAUGCUUAAACAUGAAAAACAAAUGGCAAGGCAUCGUCUUAAAGCUGUUCGGUGAAAUCUUCCUUCCUUAUAAAGUAUCCUGAUACUUUGUACAUAUUCUUGUAUUUAUUAAAAAAUUAAACAAGAUAAA